GUUCAACAGUUUCUUCAGCUUCCCAUUGCAUAUAUAUAUAUGUGUAGCGUUCGUCUAAUUUUUCGCAGAAUAUUCACACACCCCUCACACUACACACACACACACUCUUCUGUCAGAUUCUUACAACAUUUUGCUAUAGCGAUUGUUGCGAUCAGUUCAAAGAUGUACACAAAGAAAGCCGCAAAUACUGUGAUUUUUGCCUUCUCCUUGUCUUAUAUCCUUGCUUGCUCAUGUGCAUUGAGUUCAGAGAAGAUUGGCAUAAACUACGGCCGCCUUGGGAACAACUUACCAUCUCCUUACCAAACGAUCACACUUCUCAACUCCAUGGAAGCCGGGCACGUGAAGCUCUACGAUGCCAACCCUGAAGUCCUAAAACUCUUAUCAGGGACAGACCUCCAUGUUUCAAUCAUGGUCACCAAUGAGCAAAUUUCCGGCAUUGCUGCAAACCAGUCGAAGGCGGACCUAUGGGUGCAAGAAAAUGUCGUGGCCUACUACCCGAGUACUAAGAUCCGGUUCGUUCUAGUAGGAAAUGAAGUUUUCAGCUAUAAUGAUCUGAAAAUGUGGCAUGAUCUGGUACCAGCAAUGAGAAAUAUCAAGAGAUCUUUGAGUAUUAGAGACAUUCACAAUGUUAAAGUCAGCACGGCGAUAGCCAUGGAAACAUUGGAAUCAAGUUUCCCACCUUCAAGUGGGAAAUUCAGGUCAGAUAUACCGGGUGAGGUGAUCCUACCAUUGUUGAAAUUCUUGAAUGGGACAAAAUCGUUUUUGUUCCUUGAUGUAUACACUUACUUCCCAUGGUCUUUGGAUCCGACGAACAUGAACUUGGAUUUUGCAUUGCUGAAGGAUGGAAAUGAGACAUACCAGGAUCCUGAGAGUUGCUUGAUUUACAAAAAUCUCCUGGACCAAAUGCUUGAUUCUGUCAUCUUUGCCAUGGGUAAAUACGGGUUUGACAACAUUUUGUUAGCCAUAUCAGAGACCGGUUGGCCUCACGCUGGCGACAUUGAUCAACCAGGUGCAAAUGCCUACAAUGCAGCAACUUACAACCGUAAUCUUGUAAUGAAAAUGACAUCUAAUCCACCUCUUGGGACACCUGCUAGACCUGGGAUUGAGAUUCUGACCUUCAUAUUCUCUUUAUACGAUGAAAAUCAGAAGCCAGGGCCUGGAACAGAAAGGCACUGGGGACUGCUGAGUAACAACGGAAAGCCAACUUAUGAGGUGGACUUAACCGGGACACGCCCUGAAACAAGCUACGCUAUUUUGCCAAAGCCUUCAAACAACCACCCGUACAAAGGGAAGUUAUGGUGCGUGGCGGACAGCAGGGCGAGCCUGACGGAUUUGGGGCCAGCUUUGGAUUUUGCAUGUGGACAGGGCAACGGAACUUGCAAUGAGCUUGCUCCAGGAAAAGGUUGCUACCAGCCGGUGUCAAUCAGUGCACAUGCAAGCUAUGCAUUUAGCUCAUAUUGGGCUAAGUUUAGGAAUGCUGGUGCGGUUUGUUACUUCGAUGGCCUUGCAGUUCAGACCACCACAGACCCCAGUCAUGGAUCAUGCCAAUUCCCAAGUGUGCUGCUCUGAAAAUGGCUAUUGUGGAUAGUGCGAUGGGCAGAGUUUGCUUGGUGUUUUCUGUUUCUGUUUGUUCUUUACCUGUUCAUUCAUCUUUUGAUGAUCACUCGUGUUACACAUGCUCUGGAUUGAGACAAUUCCGAAGAAUUUAUGUCCAAAA